UGUCUCUGGAUGUGAAAAUUACAUGUAGCGCUCCUGUCUGUUAAAGGUGUCACUGUCGCACCAGCGUCCCGUUUUACAGCCCAGAACACGGUAACGUGAUGAAGAGGAGGCGAGGAGAGAUGAAGGGGAGAAGGAGAGGAGCGCUCCACUGAUGCUGCUGAAUGUUUUUUCUCCUUGCAUAGCAUGAAUGGUCUGAUGUCUGCCCGGACUCUGAUUGGCGCAGGAUAAUUGCUUUUGUUAACAGAGGCAGUGAUUUGUAUUUCCGUGAAGGUGUUUGCUUUUAUUUUAUCUGACAAAUAUCAAGACUCUUGUUCUGUGGGCUCUCUUCAGCAGGGGCGAAGCUAGAUUUUGGGCCCACCCUGCUCUUGGACCCCCUUUUAAAAAUUAUAUAAUCAGCGUGAUUUUUGUGUGGGGCCCUCUCCCGCUCUUCUAACCUCACUAACAAAUGUGCAGCAGAAUGAUCAUACUGGCUACCCUCCACCGUUGUGCUCUGACUGCUGGUUUAUGACUGGUAACUGUGCUGCGCUGUGUAUUGUGUCUCUCAUGCCUUGCUCAACAACACCACUAUGAUAGGCUCACCUGACGUGGUGGCAUUCACUAAAGAGGAUGAAUAUGGGCAGACAACUCCCGACCCCUGGGCUCUGCCUGAGGAGUUCUCUGUCCCUCUCCAUCCGCUUGCUGACUCCAACCCCUGGGCUAAAACCUCUUACGCCAAGUUCACCAAAGACUUCAUCCUCAUCUCUGAGUUCUCUGAGCAGGUGGGCCCUCAGCCGCUCCUCACCAUCCCCGACGACCCCAAAGUCUGUGGCACCUUUGAUCUCAACUACUUCUCCCUGCGCAUCAUGUCAGUGGACUACCAAGCCUCCUUUGUGGGACACCCGCCUGGGAGUGGCUACCCAAGGCUCAGCUUUGUGGAGGACUCAAGGGUGGUGCUGGGUGACUCAAAGGAAGGGGCGUUCGCCUACGUCCAUCACCUCACGCUUUACGACCUGGAGGCGAGGGGCUUUGUUCGACCAUUCUGUAUGGCCUACGUCUCAGCAGACGAAAGGAAGAUCAUGCUGCAGUUUCAGGAGCUGUCCCUGCGCUUCUCACAGGCCUCUGAGUGUCUGAAAGCCGGGAACAGGAGAGCGUUUGCCAAGGAACUCCAGAGGAAGCUCCAAGACCUGGAGUACACUCACUCUGUGCUGCAGAAGGAGGAGGGCCUGCAGAGAGAGGCGAGUCCUCAGUGCAUGUACUCUGCUCAUGCUGUCGAGAAAGCCAACGAGCUUGCGAACGUGGAGAAGAGCAUCUACGAACACAGAGACCUGCUGAGACAGAUCAGCUCCUACCAUCACCGCCCGCGCCGCGAUCCUCAUGCUGUCACCUGUCAGAAGUGUGUCACUGAGUGCUUGAGCGAGUGCGAGCAGCUGUUAGAGAAAUACGCCAAGCUUGCCAACCCCUUCAAAUACACUGACAAAGAGGAGAAGGGGGAGGAAGGGCAGGGUCCAGUUGAUGAUGAAGGAGGUGAACAAGAAGUGGACGAGGAUGAAGAUGAAGUCAAUAAACGCAGGCCCUCCUACACGCCACAGCUGAUCAAAGCCAAGUCCGCGAAGUGUUUUGACAAGCGCCUGAAGACGCUGCAAGAGCUGUGUGACGAUACGUUCUACGAGGCCACUGUUGAGCUCCUGAAGGAGACUGAGAGGAGUUUUCGGGGAGACCUGUGUUAUCUGCACACACGCCGCCUGGAGAGGGCACUGUGCAGGAAACAGAGAGUUACCAACUUCCUGUUUGAGGAGGACCUCGGUGAUGAUGAGGAGGACGUAGGGGGAACACUGAGACCAUUCUGUGCUGUGAACCAUGCUGUAGAUAAUUUUACACUCUUAAAUCCACCUCCUAUUGUGCUGGGACCAGAACCUCUAGAGCUACAUGUCCUGGAGCCUCCAGACCCUCUCAACCGUACUCAAGAGCGUGAGCUCGGGAUUGCAGACAAUCUGGAGUCCUCCCCCUCAGACCAGACUCUGGAGACCCAGGAGAGCUCUGAGGAGACCAAAGGAAGCUUCAGCAGCGAUAAGAGCGGGGUGGGUCUUGCCGAGAUCCAACAGAAUCUAUCAAGUAUGAAGUCAGAAGCUCCUGAUCCUGAUUCUGACUUGACCCCUGACCCUGAUCAUAACACUGACCUGGAGAGGGAGAGCAGCAGUGAGGAGAUGGAGACCACUGCUGGGGAUGAUGACGGAGACGAGACACCUGUGUCUUUGCUGGAGGUGGUGUCUGAGCUGGAGGCUAGCAGGGAGGACGAGUGUGAUGGAGUUACUGACGGGGCUUGUGAGGAGGAGUCUGACUUGUUGGUUCCUUUAGAUACAGCAUGCUGUAUGGCCCAAGAGGGUUUCCUUUAUGAGGCUUCUGCCCCGGAGGCGGUGUCUCGUCUUGGCCAAAGCCCCCAGCCGCAGCCCUGUGAAACCCUGGUGGUCAACCAGGAGCCCCAGGCCCUCCUUCCACUACAGGAUGACUACGCGGUGGGUUCUCCCUGCUCAGACAGCCCUGCAGCUGGGCUCGAGCUGCCUGUCGGGCCCCUUGGAGAUGCGGUUUCCCGUACCUCAGUGGAGGAUGGGUCAGACUGCACCAUGAGUGCUUCUACAGGGUCUGAUCGGGCUGCUUCUCCUCUUGGCUAUGGGGGAGUGGUGACCCUGCGUCAGAGGAAGAAGGCUGGACAAGGAGCCUUGAGGUUUGUGCGACAGUACCCCUUUGCGAUGCAAGCUCUGUGGUGUCUGCUGAGCGGCAGGACCCUGGUGGUGCUCGGGGCAGAUGAGGGGAGAGUCCGCAGACUGGUUGCUGCUCUGGCCCUCUUCGUGCCUGGUCCUGGGAAGUGUGGUGAGAGGGUUCAAGCCUGGCUGUCCUGCUCCUUCACCCUUACUGACCUGCAGAGGUGGAAACUCAUUGGAUUGCAAAGAGUAGCCUCCCCUGUGGGCUCCAGUAUGCUUUACUCGCUGUCCCGCUACAGUCGCUACAUCUCUAUCCUGGAUGCUGACCAGAAGACCUUGCGCUGUCCGCCGUAUCGCGGCCAACUCCUCGCCAACAUAGCCGACCACCGCACUUACAUCCGCCGUGGCUCCACCUACUUCCUUCACUUACAGAGCACCCUCUGUCACAUGGCAGCCAGGGCCUUCCUGUUUACCUUCACCCACCACCUCCACCUGCCGGUCAGCCCCACGGAGGGGCCCGAGGUCGUGGAGGGCCGACGCCGCUGCUUCCUGCAGGAGCAGCUGGGGCUGGGAGAGGAGGACAGCCAAAUACUGCUCUACCUCAGCCAGCUCAUCACUCAGCAGUACCUACAGCCCGACACAGGGAGCAGUGCAGCAGCACCUUGUUUUAGUUUUAAUUACACCACCAGCGUUUUAUAAAAAAUCUGAUACUGGGGCGAGGAUUCCCACACACGUUUUAGCAGAAAUCAUCUUUGACCCUUUGGUUUUUAAAGGUGAUCUUAUAAAGGUCUACGGCUAUUUUAGUUUCAGGACAAACUCUGCACUGGUUAUUGUUUUAUCCGUGUAAUCUCUCUCUGCCUUGCUGUCUAUUUCUCUGGUCUCUCCCUUUCCUCUGUGCGCAGGAAACAGGAGACAGAGUGAGUUGUGAAUGUCAGUGAGUGGGUUCACUUUGCCUGUGUUUGGUUCACACGUUGACCCUCACAAACACACAUAACAGAGCAGAUGAAGGUCAGCUCUGCGCAUUUUCCUUUUAGUCAUUUGUGUGUUUUUCACCUCCACUGAAAAAAAUGUUACCUACAAAGGCUUGU